AUGGACACUUUGACUGUUUCUCCGGAGAGGCCAAAAGGAUGGUAUCUUGCUCUCAUGGCGCCAAACACAAAAGGACCUGCUUUUGCCUGGCUUGACCCUUCCAGACUCUACUGUAACUCACAGGCACUUGCAGACUGUGUCAAAGACCUACUUGGUCCGUUCCAUGAUGACAGCAUUGAUAUUGUUGCAGGGAUCGAUGCAAUGGGCUUCAUUCUUGGGGCAUCUGUGGCUACAGUGCUGGGAAAAGGUUUUCUGGCAAUUCGUAAAGCUGGACACUUGUGUGUGGACACCCAAACUCAGAACUACACUGACUACACUGAAAGAGAGAAGACCAUAGAAGUGCGGCUGGAUGUACUCAAACCAGGUGUCAGAGUGUUGUUGGUGGAUCAAUGGAUACAAACUGGAGGAACCAUGAAAGCUGCGAUUGAGCUGGUGGAAAGACAAGGUGCCACUGUAGUGGGUGUCACAGCUGUGGCUAUUGAAAAUACUGAAGGUGGAAAAUGGAUUAAGAAAAAUUACAAGUUCUCUCACUGUAUUCCUGAGGAGCUCCAAAAUCAAAUCGACAACAAUUAUCUUAACUCCUUCAAAACUUUUAACUAGUGAAAAAAG